AUGCCAUCCUCCACUCUCCCCUUCCACGCCGACCACAUCGGUUCUCUGAUCCGUCCGGCCUCCAUCUCUACAGCACAAGAUCAAGCCGAUGCAGGAGAAAUCACCCAGGAACAACUCCACAGUAUUCAAAAGACCGCCAUCGCCGACAUUGUGCAAAAGCAACAACGAAACAACGUCUUGGCUCUGACUUCGGGGGAAUUCGACCGCAAAUACUACUUUUCCGGUUUCUUCGAAAAACUCUCUGGAUUUGAAGAAGUUUCACCAGUGCCGUGGUCACUUGCCCGGCUCAAUGCAGCGCCAAUUGCAGCAUUGAAGAAAGCGGGCAAACAAUACCCCAUGGCAGCCAUCUGCACGGGAAAAAUCGAAUACAAAGAAUCUCCCUACUUGGAAAACUGGAGGAUGUUGAGGGAUUGCGUACCGCAGGAACAAUGGAAAGAUUGUAAAUUCACCAUGCCUCCACCUUGUUAUUUCCAUUUGAGACUCGCGGCGGGGAAAUGCUACGAUACGAGUUUAUAUGGGAGUGAUGAGGAAUUUUUCGGCGAUUUGGCAAAAGCUUAUCGGCAGGAAUUGAAGACGUUGUACAGGGAGGGUUGUAGGAAUGUGCAGAUUGAUGAUCCUACGUUGGCGUAUUUUUGUAGUGAGGAUAUGUUGGAGGGGUUGAGGAAGGAUGGGGUUGAUACCGAGGAACUUUUUGGCAUGUAUCUGAAGGCGCAUAAUGAUGCUAUUGCGGAGAGGGAGGAGGGGUUGCAUGUUGGGUUGCAUAUUUGUCGAGGAAAUUUCUCCAAGUCGAUGCAUUUCAGCGAGGGAUCUUAUGAGAAGAUUGCGGAGCGAUUCUUCAAGACGCUCAAUUAUGAUACCUUUUAUCUGGAAUAUGAUAAUUUGCGAUCGGGRGGGUUUGAGCCUUUGAGGUUCUUGCCUGUGCAUAAGAAUGUUGUGUUGGGAGUUGUUACUACAAAGGACCCCGAAAUGGAAGACAAGGAAGUCAUCAAGAGUCGCGUCCUACAAGCCGCGGAAAUCAUCGCCAAGGGACAGGGAAGGAGUGUAGAGGAAGCCAUGGAGAAUAUUGGGAUUAGUCCUCAGUGUGGAUUUGCGAGUGUUGCUGUUGGAGCGGAUGGUAUGACGGAGGAGAAGAUGUUUGCCAAGUUGAAGUUGGUGAAGGAUGUUGCUGAGGAGUUGUGGCCUGGAAGACCUUGA